GAAGCGGCGGGGCCGGGCCGAGCAGGGCCCCGCCCCGCGGCCCCGGCCCUGCGGCGGCGCGAGACCAGCGCAUGCUGCUGUCCGGCACGCAGCUCCUUUGCCGUGGCAUCAGCCGCCUGGGCCUGGGCCGCUGGCCUUCGCGCCCCGUCAUGAAUCUCGGGGAGCUCGUGUCCGCCCUGAACGACUUCGCUUCCCUCUCUCUGGCCGAAAGCUGGGACAAUGUGGGCCUGCUGGUGGAACCGAGCCCUCCCCACGCUGUCAACACCCUGUUCCUAACUAACGACCUCACGGAGGAGGUGAUGGAGGAGGCAGUGCAGAAGGCGGCAGAUCUCAUCCUUUCUUACCACCCUCCCAUAUUCACGCCACUCAAGCGAGUAACGUGGAGGACCUGGAAGGAACGGCUGGUGGUCCGCGCUCUCGAGCACAGAAUCGGGAUUUACUCCCCGCACACCGCCUACGACGCCAUACCUCACGGAGUCAAUAACUGGCUAACAAAGGGACUUGGUGCCUGUACCUCUGUCCCACUGCAUCCAUCAGCAGCUCCAAGCUAUCCAGCGGAGGGCACUCACCGGGUAGAAUUCUGCACAGACAACACUGAGCAUCUAGAGACACUGCUGUCCAAAAUCAAAGACAUCCAAGAGAUCUCCUCUGUCACUACUCUCCCUGCCAGGGUUGAAGGUAAAGAACAAACAAGAGUGAGUCUAAACUGCUCUCAGAAAGCACUGUUGGAGGUGGUGGCAUUACUGUCCAAGAACAGCUUUCUUUAUCACAAGACUGAGAUUCUGUUAUUACAAAAGCCUCUUCUUCCACAUACCGGAAUGGGACGUCUAUGCACACUGAGUGAGCCAGUCUCCUUGUUAGCCAUAAUUGAGCGUAUUAAAAGCCACCUAAAAUUACCCCACAUCCGCCUAGCUGUGGGAAUGGGCAAGACACUAGAAUCGCCAGUGAAGAAAGCUGCUCUGUGUGCUGGUUCUGGAAGCAGUGUCCUGAAGGGGGUGGAAGCUGACCUCUAUCUCACGGGAGAGAUGUCCCACCAUGCUGUUCUGGAUGCUGUUGCCAAUGGGAUAAGUGUUAUUCUGUGUGAGCACAGUAACACUGAGCGAGGCUUCUUGUCAGAGCUGCGCGACACACUAGCUAUCCAUCUACAGAACAAGAUCAACAUAAUUGUGUCUGAAAAAGACAGAGAUCCCCUCCAGGUGGCAUAGAAAAAAAAAGAGUGAGAGUACUCAGUCAAGAGUUUCAUGGUAUUUUGCACAGACCUAUCCAAAUGUAAACUUAAUUAAGAUGCUCUGAAUUUGUUCAGUUUAGAAUAAUUGUAUUAUAUGCGCCAAAGUUUGGGAUGUAUAUAUAGUCAUCUGUCAGAAAAAUCAUAAAUGCUAGUUUUGGGCUAAUGAAGGCUAAUCUACUGAACUAUCAGCUCAGCUAUCAACUGCACUCAAAUAAAGUUACUGUUACUAACUACUCUAUAUAUACUUGUAAAAGCAUUGGUUUGGGUAGACUAUAAAAACCUGACUUGUAUCUCCAUUUUUAAGUUGACACAGCAGUUCUGUCCUACUGCAGCUAUAUCUAAUUGUCUCAGUACAAGUCACUGAUAUUUUAGCUAAUAAAGUCUCCUGAUAGUUUA